AAGGCCUGGCCUUCGCUGGUGGCACUGCACAGGCCCUGCGGGGUGGCCCAGUGGUGGGGUCUGGGGGAGAAGAGGAACAAGGGCCAGGGGAGGCCGGCGCUGUGUGGGCAGUGUGGGGCACCUCAGCCAUGGAGAGCAGCCCCUGCGUGGCCCCAACACAUCUGUGCUGUUAUGAGCCUUCCCACAAGGGAAUAAAGCCUCUUUUGCCUUAGAUUGUGAGCAUCUUGUUGUGUUGCUACAUGGCAUGUUGGCCCCUUAGACCACCAAAGACCAGGUGGGAGUUGAACUGGAUGGUCCCUCAUGUCCUGACCAGCCUGAAUUAUCAUAUGGUUUCAUCCCGUUGCUGUAGCUGUAAUGCCAGCACAAAGGGAACCAGCAGGAAUGAUGAAAGUGGAAUCUCAGAGUUUUCUGUGCCUGUGUCUUGUACCUGAGACAUCAAGUUCACAUGAUCUUGAUCAUUGAUAAAACUGCCUGCAAAGAUAAAACUGUCCUGAUAAAAAGUUAAAUUUAUUAAGGCAGGAUGGCAGCUCGGCGUGCGCUGAAAGCUGUCUUGGUGGAUCUCAGCGGCACACUUCACAUUGAAGACUCAGCUGUGCCAGGCGCGCAGGAAGCUCUUAAAAGGCUGCGCAGCGCUCCGGUUACGAUUCGAUUUGUGACGAACACAACGAAGGAGUGCAAGAGAGACCUGCUGGAGAGGCUGACGAAACUGGGAUUUGACAUUGCAGAAAAUGAGAUCUUCACAUCUCUGACAGCAGCCAGAAAUCUUUUGGAGCAAAAGCAGGUGCGGCCUUUGCUGCUGGUGGAUGAUAAGGCCCUGCCUGAUUUCACAGGGAUAGCCACUGACGACCCCAAUGCAGUGGUGGUAGGACUGGCUCCUGAGCGCUUUCACUACGAAAUGAUGAACAGAGCGUUUCAGUUGAUUUUGGAUGGUGCUCCUCUUAUAGCUAUACAUAAAGCCAGAUAUUUCAAGAAAAAAGAUGGCUUGGCUCUGGGACCCGGACCUUUUGUAACCGGGCUGGAAUACGCGACAGAUACCAAAGCAAUAGUGGUGGGAAAGCCAGAGAAAACCUUCUUCCUGGAAGCUCUGCACGGGGCUGGCUGUGCCCCUGAGGAGGCCAUCAUGAUCGGUGAUGACUGCAGGGAUGACGUUGGGGGCGCCCAGAAUGCGGGCAUGCGUGGGAUUUUGGUCAGGACUGGUAAAUACCGACCAGCAGAUGAAGACAAAAUCAAUCCGGCUCCUUACUUAACCUGUGAGAAUUUCCCAGAGGCAGUGGAACAUAUCCUAGAGCGUCUGCUAUGAGAAAGGGAAUAGUUAGUUUGAAGAAACAUCUGUUUCAUGUAAUUUCCUGUACUCUUGCUUCAAAAAUUAAAUUCACAGGAUCAAUGCAUGCAUUGCAUCAUAAACCUAGCCGUGAGCUCCUUCCACUCGAGUUGUGAAAGGGCAGAGGAUCGGUGGGCCCUGGCACAGCCCCUUUCCUGUAGUAGUUUCACGGGGAUGUGAUGAGGGACUGCGAAUGGAUACCUAGCAGGUGAGACAGAACUGCUACAACCAACACAGCUGCUUUCCCGAAUGCCACAGGGAAGAGUUCUGUUUAUUUUCUGUUUUCAAGAAAUAACUGAUGAAAAGCCCUGUCUGGAAAGUGUCAUGUUCUUCUGCUAAAUAAGCUAAACUGAAAAAAAACCACUGGAAAUGCUCAAGUAAAUAAACAUCAAAGACUAACAGAGCCUUAGUCAGCCUGUAGUGAUUCACUGACUGUCUCUGCUCUAAUUUAAAGGUAGAGAAUAGGCACAUUUAGAAGUGACUUUUAAAUUAAAAUAUCACCAGUUUAAUAACUACUGUUGAUAUCUUUCCUCUCAUUAGAACAGAUCCUGACUUUUGUUUUCAAAAUUCUACAUAAAAUUAAAACUGUCAGCAUUUUACAGAUGUUUUAAUUAGAUGCUGUUAUUAAAAAGAAUGGUACAGAAACAAAAAUCUGGUGUUAAAUGCUUUAGAGACUGAAUUUUUGAAAUUAGACCUCAGCAGGGUCCUAUUAAUACUACAGUUGCAAAAUUUCACUAUGAUUGGGGUUUUUUUUGUUUCUUUUUAAUGUUAUGGAAAAAAAAUCCUUUCCAAGCCAUGGGGACAGAUUCCAGUUUUUACACAGUUGGUUAGCAGAGCUGUAAAAUGGAAUUUAAUUCUGUAGUAUGCGGUGCUUUUCCUGUGCGCUGAAUCCCCCAAUAUGAACCAACUUUGUAAUGAUGGUAAAUAGCUUUUCUGGUCCAUUUGCAAACUGUAAUAAACAAAGUCCUUUACGGUUGUUUUACA